AUGGCGCCCUCAAAGCCCAAGGCGGGCCAUGUGAACAUGAUGGCUGAUACUAAUAUUGCCAAUCUGCCGAUUGAAGGACUACGGGCGGUCCUGCGUGGUAUUCUAGCCAAUAGGCCUGAUUGUACGCCUAUUUUUGAAGAACAGACAAGACACUAUUUGGACGAGACGGCUUCCAAGUUCACCAAUAUUGUUGUGGUCGAGCAGACAGCCGACGGUACAUUCCAAACGACACCUUCGUUCCAGCAACUACGAAAGCGCAUUUGUUGUAUGGUGGGAUGUGGUCUAUGCUACCAGGCCAUUCCCCUGCUCCAAAGCAUCGUCGAGCAAGUGUCCCAGAUCAAGCUUGGCUCCGAGCAGUCCGCUAUCGUGGAUAAGAUUGCUGGUGUAGAUGGUGAUAUCAUUCAAGCCAUCACGGCCGUUCAGAAGACUCUCUUUGUUGAGACUGGAUCUCGAGAACUAUCUGAAACCGAACGGCAACCUUUGGAGGCUUUGCUCAAGGCCCUUAUGACAAGCAAAUCUGUUUGGGAAGCCAACGAUUGGCCGCCGUUUGUGUUGGAGAGAGGCCUCGAAGCAACUAUAGAUCUCGUCAACCCUUCUUUGGCAUCUGUUCCGGUAGCAAGCGCCGAACUACUAUCCGAGAAGCCUCCCGGUGUCAUCUCAGAAACCUUUGAAAUGGCCGGUAUUCAGCUGCCUCGGGUCUUCUCUGGAUUGUGGCAGUUGUCCAGCCCCGCCUGGGGCAUCGCACCCCGCUCGAAGAUCAUGCAGCAAUUCUCCAAGCAUGUGGAGGGCGGACUAACGGCGUUUGAUAUGGCCGAUCAUUACGGUGAUGCCGAGAUUCUCUUUGGUCAAUACCGGUCUGCAAGUAACUACUCCGACUCACUCUUCGCCGCAACUAAAUACUGCGUCUUCCACCCUAUGAAUGUUACGUACGAGGCUAUCCAUGCCAAGGUAGACGAGCGUUGCCAGAGACUACGUACUGAUAAGAUCGAUCUAUUGCAAUUUCACUGGCAAUUCUACAAUGACCCCCAAUACAUCGAUGCAUUAAAAUACCUGCAACAAGACAGCCGAAUCAAACAUCUCGGUCUCUGCAACUUCGACACAGAGCAUAUGGAAAAGGCCAUCCAGAGUGGAGUCAAGGUCCACACUAACCAAGUCCAGUUCUCUCUCAUCGAUUCAAGACCCACAGUCAAGAUGGUAGACUUCUGCGACAAGAACAACAUCAAGCUCCUCACAUACGGCACCCUCCUGGGCGGCCUCCUAGCCGAGAAAUGGGUUGGAAAGGAAGCACCAGACCUCUACGCCGAAAUAAUGACACCAAGUCUCCGCAAGUACUUCGCAAUGAUCCAAAACUGGGGCGGCUGGCCCCUCUUCCAAGACCUCCUCCAAACCCUCCAACAAAUAGGACAGAAACACAACGUGUCCGUGUCAAAUGUCGCAACGAGAUGGGUAUUGGACUUCCCCUGCGUCGGCGCCGUAAUCGUCGGCGCGAGAAUGGGUGUUAGCGAGCAAUCACAGGAAAACCUCGCUAGUCUGGGCUGGAGGCUUGAUGGUGAGGAUCAGGGGGCUAUUCAGGCUAUUUUGGAUCGGAGUUCCCGUGAGGAGAUGUUUACUAGUCUUGGGGAUUGCGGGGGUGAAUAUCGGUGA